CACACCAACCAUGAUGAAUGUAUGGAAGUGGUGGAUGAUGGAUUGGCAGAUUUAGUUAUGCUGGAUCCACAUGAAAUCUUCAUUGCUGGUCGCUAUCACUCGCUUGUUCCCAUCAUGAAGGAAUCCUUUGACAAAAAGCUCAAACAUUUUUACUCAGUGGCUGUGGUGCACAAAGGUAACCUAACAUCAGUAACAGGUUUGAAGGAUUUGGCUGGUACUGUUGCCUGCUUUCCAUCUGUGGCAUCCAUGGGUGGUUGGGUCAUACCUAUCUCUGAGCUCAUCAGUACAGGAGCCAUGGAGAUUAUUGAUUGCAACAAUCACAUCAAGUCAGCAUCUAAUUUUUUUAGUGGUGGGUGUGCUGUCAACAUUCUCACUGACAAGUACAACCCAUUGGGUGACAACAGCCAAGUUCUUUGUAGUGCUUGUGGUAGUGACCAUCCUGGGCAGCACUGCACCAGUCAGGACAUCUAUUCUGGCUAUCAAGGUGCUUUCAAUUGCUUGCUUGAUAAAGGAGACAUUGCUUUUGUUAAGCAUACUACUAUCAAGAGGGCAUUGGCAACACGUGGUAUAACAAAGACGGAAGAUGAUUUUGAACUUUUGUGCAAAGAUGGCACGCGUCGUCCAGUAUCUGAUUAUGAACAAUGUCAUUGGGGGUCAGUACCCUCCAGUGCUGUUGUCACAACUUCAGCCAAGAGUAUAGAGCAGCGAGGCUUGCUUCAGGAUUUUAUUAAGUUACUAGUUACCCGUUAUGGAAAAAAACCUGAAGAUUCAAAGGAAUUCUACCUCUUUGAAUCCUCACCAAAAUAUGGAACUUCGUACGAUUUGCUAAUGUCGGAUGAUACUGAGAUGCUGGUAGAGCUGGCUAUCAGCCAGCAAAACUUCCAAAAGUAUCUUAUUGGGAAUAUCAUGAGUCACAUUCAAACUGUGCAUUCAUGUCCUGUGGCCACUAUGACGCUCUGUGUCACUUCUGUGGUUGAGUUCUCCAAGUGUCUCAAGAUGCGGACUGCUUUGCACGCCCAACUACUCCAACCUAAGAUGGAAUGCCUCAAAGGAGAAUCCAACUUUGACUGCAUGGCUGCCAUCAAGAAACGGGAAGCAGAUGUGGCUGUAUUUGAGGCUGGAGACAUUUAUAGUGCAGGACUUACACACGAGUUGGUACCUAUAAUGGCUGAGCAGUACAAUCUUGAAACCCUUGAAUAUUAUGUUGUGGCUGUGUCAAAGGAGGAUGAUCCUGAUACUGAUGUACUCUAUCUGAAAGGUGAGAGGCAGUUAAACCAGACAUCUCCCCCUCGCCUCCGUCGCUUCAGCAUUACACCCAAGCUUUCACACCCAAAUAAGAAGUGUUGUCUCUAUUCUUUGUUAUUAGGUGCUUUUAGAUGUCUUGUGGAAGGAGGAGGAGACAUUGCAUUCCUUAAGCACACAACUGUACGGGAGAAUGUGGAUGGUAAGAAGAAGGAGUGGUGGGCUCGCAACCAGUUAACAGCCGAUUAUCAGCUCGUAUGUCGAGAUGGAACUCGAGCUCCUGUGACAGAAUAUGAGAACUGUAACCUAGGUACAGUUCGCUCCAACGCUGUUGUUACACGUGGAGGAUAUCUCUAUAAUCAGACUGAGGUGGAUACUUAUACAAACCUCUUCCUGUAUGCUCAACAGUACUUUGGCCGAGAUUCAGACGAUGAGUGGAACUUUAAGAUGUUUCAUUCAGACGAACCAUAUGCUGACCUCAUAUUUCAGGAUGCAACACAGCAGCUUGUGCCACUGCCUCCUGAGGAGCAUCAUUAUCAUUCUUAUCUGGGUUUGGAGUUCCUGAAUGCCAGAUAUGAGGUAGACUGUACUGCAAAGUCUGAUCAUCUGAGAGUUUCGUGUGUAUUGAUGCUUCUUGCAUUGAUAGCCAACAUUGUUCAUUAAAUUGCCAUUGAAAGUAAGCCAAAAACUUAAUAAUUGUAAAGUUACCCUAGGGAUAGUUCAUUAAGCACCAUUUACGUCUUUGUAUAAAGCAAGCACCGUGGACUAACAAAACUGGUAGUGUGAUUGUGUUACUAUAGAAGCAUCCUUUGCUUUUUAUUAUUUGCAUAUUUUUUGUAUCCUAAACAAUUUCUUAUUUUUGAGUCUUACCAUUAGCUACUGAUAUGGUGUAACCUUUCUUGCUACUCUCUCGCAUAGAAGGAUUAAUAAUAAACUUACACAUGCCAACUGUGUUCUGUAUUUUAAGUGACUGGUUUUGUAAAUGCUUUGAAUUUCAAAUUAUGGGGUUAGAGCAAAAUUUUAAGCACUUUGCUAAGUUAUCCUCUUAAGAAAUAUGACUAAACAGUGUUUAUGUAUGUAAAAGUUAACAAAUAACCUUUCUAAGUGUUUGAAAGUAAGGAAAUAAAAGAAAUAGGACAGGUAAUUACAAUUGUCUUUUGUAACAGCAGAGAUAUUUGUACCUGAGAUUGCACCAAGUGGGUUUGGGAUAAGUCCCUUUUUUCAAUCUGUCCUCACUGGCUAUGUACAAAAUUAAGAUAUUUAAGAACCUGUACAUAUUAGAUAUUAACCCUUAAACUGUCCAAACGUAGAUUUACGUUUUCGUGAGGAGCUCUCCGACCUUUAUUUUCUCCAUUUCAAAGCAUGUAGAAAAAACUUAGAUCUACAUUCAGAGCGCUAUGCAUGUGAACGUAGAUCUAUGUUUGGACAGUUUAAGGGUUAAGCAAUACAGAGAUGCACACUGAUGUAGUACUGAUACUAGAAAUAUACAGUAGCGCUACUUUAUUUUGCAGUGUUGAUGCAAAUCUUGCUUAAGCACAAGACAUUAAGUCAGGAAAAUUAGCUUAAGUUGUUUAGGUUCUCUUAGGUAUAUUUACAACUCCAUGUAGUUUUUGGAAUGACUUUGUAUGUGUACUGUAUUUUCUACAAUGCUUUUACAAGUUCAGUAAACAGACUGACGAUUGUAAUCUAUAUCUCCACUAAUAUCUUGCUAGAUUGUUCAUAUUUCCUUCGGUCCAAUUUUGUGUGCAUUUAAAGUAUGGAAAGCUGUUUCCAGUCAUAUUACAAAGCUCUUAUUGCUGUAACUUGCCCUCCUGAGUACUUUCUGAUCCUAGAUUAGGAGCAAAUGCUUUUAGUGCUUGUUCUCCAGUUUUCAGCAAGAUUACUAAUAAUCAUUAGAGUACUGGAUGAUUACUGGUUUGGUAAUGCAAAUUUACUUAUUUAUGGGUACCAUUAUUUUUGGAAGUAGCAAGUUGUAUUGAUAAAAAUAGGCCAGUAGGCUACUACUGGCAGCUGUAAUACCUAACUCAAAUUGACAGCUGUAGAUUUUCACUAGCCAUCUUCUGAUGGAACUUAUGGAAUUCAUUGUGCAGCGUCCACACUCAUUCUUUGAGGGAUACUUUCAGUUUACACAGCUCAAGAUAAUUCCGCCCAGAGCUGUACACAAGGAUUUGCUCUUUGUAUGGUCCGUGUAUCUAUAUUGUAGCUCAUGUGACUUACUACACCUUAAUCUUUUAUUUUAUAUACUAUUACUAAACAAAGUGCUAUCAAAAUGUUCCUGGACUGCCACAAAAAAAUAGAUACAGGCUUACCUAAUCACCUAGUUGAAUUUUUUUAUUUAUUAUUAUCACACUGGCCGAUUCCCACCAAGGCAGGGUGGCCAGAAAAAGAAAAACUUUCACCAUCAUUCACUCCAUCACUUGUCUCCUCUUUUUGGGAGGUCAUACACUAAUCCCAGCACCUCUACCACUUCUCAAAACAUUUCUGGAACACUUCUUUCCUAAUGGCAUCUUGCACAGCCUAUGAUUCUGCUUAAAUCUCCCCCAUGUUGUUAAAACAAUGCCCCUUGAGUGCCAUUUUUAUUUUUGAGAAGAGAAAAGUCACAGGGAGCUAAAUCCGAGAAGGGAGGGUGGGGGUGACAUAAUGUUAUUUUGGCCAGAAAACAUUCAUCUUUUUGGUUUUGAGUCAAGAAAUGGGGCACAAAUUUUGCAGCCACUCACCUUAAUGUUCAAAUUUUCAAUAAAAUUCUUUGACAUGACUCGUGAGAAAUUUCCACGGCACUUGCAGUGUCCUAUAUAUUCUGACAAUGAUCUUCAUGAAUAGGCUUCCUUCAAUUUUUUCAAUGUUGGGGUCUGUUUUUAACGUUGAUGGACAACCAGAUCGGUCAUCAUCCUUGACUUGUGUUCAUCCUGCUUUGAAUCAUCCUUGACUUGUGUUGUCCUGCUUUGAAUCAAGAAAACCAUUCCAAAUGUGAUGUCCAACUCAUUGCUUCAUUGCCGAAAUGCUUGCUGAAGCAUUUUGUGAGUUUCACUUGCUGUUCUUUCUUUUAAAGAUUCCAUUGUUACACAAAAAAUCUCAGCCACACCUACCUGACAAAAAAUGCUUAUCUAACCUCAGUGGAAUGGCUGACCAUACUGAAACUCACCAUGCUAUUUCUCAAAGGAGUGUACUGUGUAAUGUGAUUUAUGCUGCCUGCAAAAAUUUGAGUCCAUGAACUUUUUGAUAGCACCUCAUAUAAAUGGAUAAGUAAAGAUCUGUCUUUAUCAUUUAAAUAUAGGGACAGUAAUAAUUUAUAUAAAUAAUAAUAAUGAUGCAUAUUACCUAACAUUAGUGGUUGCAGUAUAUAAAUAUGUAUUUUAAUUAAUCUUAAUAACAAUAAUAAUUCCUAGGUAGUAGGUUGGUAGACAGCAACCGCCCAGGGAGGUACUACCGUCCUGCCAAGUGAGUGUAAAACGAAAGCCUGUAAUUGUUUUACAUGAUGGUAGGAUUGCUGGUGUCUAUUUUUUUGUCUCAUAAACAUGCAAGAUUUCAGGUACGUCUUGCUACUUCUUACACUUAGGUCACACUACACAUACAUGUACAAGCAUAUAUAUAUAUACACACACACCCCUCUGGGUUUUCUUCUAUUUUCUUUCUAGUUCUUGUUUAUUUCCUCUUAUCUCCAUGGGGAAGUGGAACAGAAUUCUUCCUAUGUAAGCCAUGCGUGUUGUAAGAGGCGACUGAAAUGCCAGGAGCAAGGGGCUAGUAACCCCUUCUACCGUAUAAAUUACUAAACUUAAAAAGAGAAACUUUUGUUUUUCUUUUUGGGCCACCCUGCCUUGGUGGGAUACGGCCGGUUUGUUGAAAAAAAAAAAAAAGAUAGUAAUUGCAUGCCAUAGAUAAAAUUUGAUCAAAUUAGUGAUAUUAACAUACUCCACCCUCAGCUGAAUACACCUUACUUCCAGUGCAGAGCUGUAUGACCCACCUAAGUUAACUUUUGGCUUUGAAUAUUGUAUUUAACUUACAACUCACUGAAAUAAUAUACAGUUUUAACCCUUUGACUGUUUUCGACGUAUAAAUACGUCUUACGAGCCAAUGUUUCUGACGUAUAUAUACUCAAUAAUUCUAGCGGCUUCAAAUCAAGCGGGAGAGAGCUGGUAGGCCCACAUGUGAGAGAAUGGGUCUGUGUGGUCAGUGUGCACCACAUAAAAAAAAUCCUGCAGCACACAUUGCGUAAUGAGAAAAAAAAACUGAUCGUUUUUUUUUUUGGAAUAAAACGCCGACUUUGAGGUGUAUUUUCAUAUAGUAUUUAUCGUUGUAUUCGCGUUUUCAUGGUCUUAGGUGAUAAAAUGGAAAACAUAUUACAGAAAUAGAGAUGAUUUUCAUUACUUUGACGAUGAAAAUUACCUUGAAACUGAGCUCAAAGUAGCGGAAAUGUUCGAUUUUUACCAAUGUUCAGGAGUAAAUAAAUCACACCACACGUCCAAUACACGUCAACUGGGGAGUCUAAUAUUCUUUCACUAGUGCACUGAUAUUAUUUAUACCAUUUUUACAAUAAUGCAGUAGUCUGCAUAACAGUAAAUUUUGUAUUUUUUUGUAUGAAUAAAAAAUCAAAAUAUAAAGCAAUAAUAAUAUAAGAGGGGCCUAGAGAUGUGACUAAUGAACAAAGCAUAUGUUAUUUUAGUGCCACGAAUGUCUACCUUGUUUAUUCUGGACCCUAUUUUGAAAUUGGCAUCUUUUUUAGUUUGCGUGAAAUUGGCUAAAUUGCCAAUUUCUGACCACCAUAUUGGGUAGUCCAAAUUAGUAAAUGGGAGGUUUCUUGUACUCAGCUGAUAGAUAAAAUGGAGUUCUAAAGAAAUAGCUAUGAGUUUGGUCAACUGGAACAAUGGAAUUGGCUGAAAAUAGGGCUCAAAGUCGGCGAAAUCGCCGAUACGCAUAUGUCGCCGAGACCGCUAACUUCGUGGGAGCAUAAUUCCAUGAGUUUUCGACCAAAUUUCGAACUUUUGGUGUCAAUACCAUCAUGAAAAGAUUCUCUAUCAUUUCAUAAGAAAAAAUAUUUUUUUUUUUCAAAAAUUGAGCGACAUAGAAUGACAGUUUCAGAAAGGGGCCUGAAACAGUCAAAGGGUUAAGCAAGAUUAUUGUAACUUAUGAUACUGUAUAAAUGUAGCACUGAAAUUCAUUCCAGUGCCAGAAUGUAACUGGUGCCGCUGUUGUAUGUUGUACUCAUUCUCCAGAUCCAGUAUAACUUUCAUAACCUUCAGGUAAAUAAGUAGGGGAAGGAGAUAAAUAAUUUGUGUAACUCUCAUGGCUUAGGGGACUUUUAGAAUAUUAGUUUCACAUAGUAAUGUUUAUAGUAACCCCUUCUCCUUUAUACAUUGCUAAAGUUAAAAAGAGAAACUUUUCUUUUUCUUUUUGGACCAGCCUGCUUCGGUGGGGUACGGCCAGUUUGUUGAAGGAAGAAUUAUGUUUAUUACUGUGAGUAAUUAUAAUGUGAAUCAUCAUUGACACUGGGAACCUAGACUGAAAGGCAGCAAAAUAAUGAUAUACUGUACUUAAAGAAAAUAAAAAUACAGUGCAUGUAUUUAAGUAUGGAGAAAUGAAUCUCAUUAAUGAAUUUUUUUGUAAAAGUGUAACACUGGACAAAAUUUGCUGCCGAGGUAAAAUUUUGUAUUUUGGGCUAAUUCCAGUACAGCUCUGUAGGCUGAUUUUGAAUCUGAAAUCUUAAUUGACAAACAAAUAAAGACUUAUUUAAAGAAAACUUUGAAAUAAUAUUGUCAUAUUUUGUGUUGCUGAUUAGCAUGCACAUAUGUCAGUUGUGUAUUUUUUUUUUUUUUUCAACAAACUGGCCAUAUCCCACCAAGGCAGGGUGGCCCAAAAAGAAAAAAGAAAGUUUCUCUUUUUAAAUUUAGUAAUAUAUACAGGAGAAGGGGUUACUAGCCCCUUGCUCCCGGCAUUUUAGUCGCCUCUUACAAUACACAUGGCUUACGGAGGAAGAAUUCUGUUCCACUUCCACAUGGAGGUAAGAGGAAAUAAACAAGAACAAGAACUAGAAAGAAAAUAAAAGAAAACCCAGAGGGAUGUGUAUAUAUAUGUUUGUACAUGUACGUGUAGUGUGACCCAAGCGUAAGUAGAAGUAGCAAGACGUACCUGAAAUCUUGCAUGUGUAUGGGACAGAAAAGAAAAGACACCAGCAAUCCUACCAUCGUGUAAAACAAUUACAGGCUUCCAUUUUACACUCACUUGGCAGGACGGUAGUACCUCCCUGGGCGGUUGCUGUCUACCAACCUACUACCUAGGAGUUGUGUAAUGUACUUGAUAUUUUAAUAAGCAAUGCCUAAAACAUGCAUUUUUCUGUAGCUAAAAGUCUUGAUGUGCUGGGUUAAUUCUGACUUUCAGUUUAAAAUCUGCAUAUUCAAGUUAACAGAGGGGACACAUUUACUUCAGUAGCAGAAAAAAUUAUUUUUUACUGUCCAGUGUAAUCUGCUUCAUUUGUUAAGUAUUCAUAAAUGUAUUUACUGAAUACUGAUAUAAGGUGGAGUACAGGAUAUCUGUGGAAGAGGGGCAGGAAAUAAAUGUCUGGUAGGGGCUUGAACAUUCACGAUAUUAGAAUGAGUGGAGUGAAUGGUCCGUCAAACAUUAGCUAACUAGAUUUGAGGUUUAAAUGUUGCAAAAUUAAGUGAGAAUGUGUUUUGGUAGAUCAAAAUUGGACCUUGAUGUUUGAAACCUUUCCUUGGAUCACCCUGUCUUGGUGAGUUUAGCCAAGGAGUUGAUAAACAAAAUUGAAGUUCAUCUUACGUAUCUACUGUAUUACAGUUAAAUGGGAUGGUACAUGCACACUGAUUAUAAUGUGCAGCUAAAAUAUAUCUGUAUAUUCGUGGAGCUCUGUCUCAGUUUCUUAUAAUUUUGAUAGUAAAAACCUUGUAUUAAAUAUGGCGAGAAAACUUGGUUUAAGAGGUUUUAAAAGUAAAAUAACCAUAGGAUUGUUGGUUAUUUGUAUUGCUGUCAAGACAGUUGUAUUUUCUCAAACUCGCUGGUAGGCUGAAAAGUGAUAUAAAAGGUUAUAGAGAAGAUCAUGACUGCAAUGGAAAGGGGUCACAGGUGUGGUGGUAGUGUGAAGGGUUGUCUAGAUAUUGAAAAGUCAGGAAGAUAUAAUGGAUAAACUUUGAAAGCAGCUGACAAAGCCCAUUAAAUUUAGAAUCGUCUGUUAUUCUUACAGUCCAUUGGGUAAAUUUACUUUGGAUUUAACUGAGAAAAUCUGUUCAGUCAGGAUUGUCUGGUAUUGUUAUAGUCUGCUGGGUAAAUUUAUUUUUGGAUUUAACACAGCUUGUUAAAUAAAAAAUUGUCAUACUGUUGUGAUCAUGAAAAACAUUCUCAAUUUGUAUCUUAACGGACAGUCGGCCUUAACAAACAAAAGAUUUGCCUGUACGGUCUGUGUGAUCGAUAAUACCUGUGAGCUAAGAAGGGACCACGAACAAAAGAUUUGCUUGUGCGGUCUGUGUGACCAGUAAUACCUGUGAGCUAAGAAGGGACCACGAACAAAAGAUUUGCUUGUACGGUCUGUGUGACCAAUAAUACCUGUGAGCGUACGGUCUGUGUGACCAAUAAUACCUGUGAGCUAAGGAGGGACCACGAACAAAAGAUUUGCCCGUAUGGUCUGUGUGACCAGUAAUCCCUUUGAGCUAAGAAGGGACCACAAACAAAAGAUUUGCUUGUAUGGUCUGUGUGACCAGUAAUACCUGUGAUCUAAGAGGGAUACUACAAUAUCACAUUGGCUGAAGGUCAAAAGAACUGGGUACUAAUGUUUACCUAAGUUUGAGUAAAAUUGCAGUUGUUAAACAAUCAUAAAGUUAUUAUACCAAACAAAAUCUAAAAGUAUUCAGGAGAGAGAUGUAGGGUGAAGUGAAGGGUGAUCCAGUGCCUGGUCAUUAAACAAAAUAAAAUAGUAAAGAAAGAAGAAGCACAUUUCCAUGUCAGCAAGCCCAUCAUGCACUAAGUUUGAUGUCUGGUUUAUAGAUGGUUCUGAUGCAUGCACCACCAAAUGACAUGGCAAAUCCAAAGACCCAACCAAUGCUCCUUUGUCUGUUUACAGAAAUACUUGAAUAUAGUAACUUUUCCCUUACAAUGACAUACUUGUGUCUAAUUUUGAGGGUUUUAUCCCUGCAGCCUGACCUGAGAUUAUGAUUGUAGAAAAAACUAGGAUAAGUUGGCACUAAAUGACUGAUAUAAUUUGAUGAUGGAUGAUGGAGAAGAGUGUAUUGUUGAUGAAGAUGCAUUCAGAAUCCUUAUCUAGUCUAGUCCACUUUUUAAAGUUUGAUUGAUGUGCAUUCCAGUUUUGUAAGAGUAUUUAGGCCGUGUUAAUUUCACAGUGGUCACAUUAAUUUUAACUAGUUAACGUGAGCUGCCUUAAUAGUGAUAAGGGUUGGUGUUUUUAUAUUUUUGCUCCAUUACUGGGGCUAAUUUAUUGGAUGUUUCCCUACAUUGUGUGCGGGAAUAGCAUUAAAACGAAUGUCUCAAGUGCCUAUAGAUUUUUUCUGAGCUUAACUGUUGUAUUUUUUAUUAUUGAGACAACUGACACUAUAAUAAUUUAUCUUCCAGUAUUUUUCCUAGGCAUCUUUUAUGUGAUGAGUGCACCUGUGUUAAAGUUGUUUUAUGAAGUGUUAUAUCUACAUGUUAUUAUGAAGUUUCCUCCCACAUCACAGUUUUUAAUGUCUGGGUAUGAAGGUAUCCACAUGAGCUGGUACUGUCUAUCUAUAUUUACACUUAAGGUGCUAGUACAUAGUAGUAUUGUAGUACUGUAUCAACUUUUAAUACUUUUUUCUUUAGUAGCAAAACCAUUGGGCACUGUUAUGUAGCUUUGGUGCUAUAGUAUCAAAAUUUAAGAACCGCCUACAAUUUCUGUUCAUAUCUUCUAAUAAGCAGGGAUGUUGUGUUGGAGGGCAAUCUGAAUUAUGAUGUUAACACACUUAUGGAAAGACUGAUUGAGUGAAUGAGAAUGAUGGUGAAUGUGUUUUCUUCUUUGGGUCACUCUGCCUUGGCAGGAGAGGGCCAUUAAAGUUAAAAAGCAUUGAAUAAUUUAAAGUUUGUUGAAACUGAGAAGAAUAUUCUGUAUUUGAUGUUAUUCUAGAUUUUUCCAAUAAUUGUCUUUUCUGACUCAAAAAAUCAUUAAAUGAUUGCAGACAAAUCGCAGAGUAGAUGGGGGCUUGAACCUAGUAGUUAGCACACCAGUUUGUGAGUUUUAGCCAGCCAUGGGUUCAAGCCCCACUUAUUCUGUGAUCAGGUUUCAGGAAUUAUUCUAGGAAUUCUUCCUCUGGUUCAUGGAACCUUCCACAGAAAGUAGUUGAUCAAACAUGUACACACACAAGAAUUUUAUACAAUUCUUUUCAUAUAUGGGAGCAAGGGGCUAGUAACCUCAUUUCCUGUAUAAAUUACUAAAUUUAAAAUGAAAAACUUUUGUGGGCCAUUUUUUAUGGUCACAACAGCUGUGUAAUUUUGUAUUGUGCAAGUUUUUAAGAUUUUAUAUGUAUCUGUAGUACAUAUACAGUGGACCCCCGCUUCACGAUCACCUCCCAAUGCGACCAGUUAUGUAAGUGUAUUUAUGGAAGUGCGUUUGUACGUGUAUGUUUGGGGGUCUGAAAUGGACUAAUCUAAUUCACAAUAUUCCUUAUGGGAACAAAUUCGUUCAGUACUGGCACCUGAACAUACUUCUGGAAUGAAAUAAUAUCGUAAACUGGGGUCCACUGUAUCUCUAGAUCUGCAUAAACUGUGGGUAAUGCAUUUUUAUUUUGAAGCUCUUUGUGUAAAUUUAGACAUACUUGGUAUGUCAUUUUCAUUUAGUUUGUAUACACUUAAGACAAUUUUUUGUAGUGUUUGCAAGUCUGGAAAGCAACAAUACAAAAUUGGGAGAUUGAGUCCUAUGGUUUACUCAAAUCAGCAAAUCUCACCUUUAUCAUUAUUAUUAGUUUAAUGUAUAAAGUAGUUUACAGAUAGAUACAAGCAUCUUUCUUGCCUAGGAAGUUAAUGACAGAUUAAAUUUGUAGAUUGUUGAAAAAAAGGUGGUACAGUACUGUAAUAGAGGACACUCAUUCCAAUAUAGACUGCCUUCAGCAUUGCAAAUGCAUCAUAUUUAUUGAGUAAUAAUAAUACAGUAGCAUGUGUUUGGAGAUGCUGUAUUAGUGUAACUACAUGUUUUCUAAGUAUUUUAUUUUAUUCAAAUAGUAUAAUUUUUAAUUUAUACUGUAUUGUGUUGCAGUUUUAAUUUUUACAAUUCUUCUUAACCCUUUCUCUGUCACAACCUUCAAAUUUAAAAGGUCUAUCAUGCAAUUUUUAAAGAAUAAUUAUCUUGUUUAGUGGUAGAAAAUCUUUUUCUAAAGGUAAUGACACCCAAAAUGCAAAACAUGAUGUAAAACCAAUGGAAUUAUGCAGGAGCAAAGAUGGAGAACUGGGAUCACUUUACACAUAUGUAGUUUUGCCCAUUGAGGCCUGUUUUAGUCCCCAGAAUGGCCUAAAUUCCUGGCUAUGUCACUAGUAUGACUGCUGUUGACUGAGUACAAGAAACUGCCCAUUCAUCUGUCAAAACUACUCUGUAUAGUGUAGAAUUUAUUAAUUUGACCAGUUUUACACAAUUCAACAAAUGCACACCCAAGGUAGACCCAUUCUUUCAUGUCUGAUUCAAAAUUUACCUCUCUUGGCAUAUUUGAAGGUGCUGUGAUAAAGUUGUACAUAAGCACCACUGGCCUUAAUAAAGUAUAUCAAUGUGGCAGACAGUGAAAGGGUUAGCUUAUAUUUCUACUUUAACAGUAUUUACCAUUCACUGUUUUAUAUCAUUUAAAUAGUUCUUUGUAGAGCCAAUAAGUCUGAAUGCAGAAUGUAUAGAGAGAAAAUUUGUUAUUCUUUCUUGGUAUUGACAUAUAUAUACAUUGAAACUAGUAUGUGUAGGUAGCAUUGGUUUUUAUAAUUUUACGUUUUUCUACAUAAAUUUAAAAUGACCUUGAUGUGGCUAGUGUAAAGAUACCUAAAACAAUGGUUUGCCACAUACAGAAUAGGAGGCAGCUUGUUAUCUAACAGUUCCGUCCAGUUGUGUUGUUUUGUUAAAUAAUAAUGUAAUAGAGGGUGAAAAAUGACCCAAGUGGUAAAAAAAAAAAAUGGUUUAUAUUUUUAAAGGUGUAUUCAUAACACAUGAAAUUUUAUAUUUUGAGUAUACUGUGUAUAGGUUGAAAUUUUUGAUACUUUUAUUCAUUGGUCAUCUUACUGUUUAUAAAUGUUUAUUUUUGUACAGCAUUUAUUUUUGCGUGCAAUAGAAUAUCUCAAGAAUCUCUGAUCUUUAAAUUUAUUUUGAUUAUUAAAGAAUAUUGGUACAGUACACACUUUAAAGUGACUAUCAAGCAGCACACUAAUUUGUAGGAUACAGUAGUAACAGUAUUUUAAGUAGAAAAAACUGUGUACAUAUAUAAAUGUGCGGUUUGUAGAUAAUGCUUUUAUUAUUUAGAUAUACUUUUAAGUAGUCCACCUUAACUUUAUGCCAAAGUACACAGUUUUAUCAUAAAAAUUAUGUGAAAACAAAUGACUUAUCCAGGUAGAAUGGUUGGCCUCACUCACCCAUAGGUACUUCACCCUGGGGGUAUCCCCUGCCCGUUGAUAGAUUUCUUGAGUUACAAUACAGCAUCACUGUGUGGUCUGCUCCAGCUUUACCACCUCAUUUAGACUUUUUUUUUUUUUCAAUUUCUUCACUCAUUCAGUCUUGUGUUGAGUCGUCUUGUUUCUUUCCCUUUACGUUUCCACUUAAUACAGGGUUCCUUUCGAAUGGCCAUUAAUUAGUUUUUCCAAGGUGUCUUGAGGGGCAUGCAUAUGAUGACUAGCUAUUUUUUCAGUAUUUCAGUGCUAAAUGAUCUCCAUGAUGUUAAUAAGGCACAGUAUGCAAUUAAUGGCAUUUUAUUGAGAAGACAUUUCCCACAAAAUGAGUUAAGCUUCUUUUUUACAUUUUAAUGUAAGUUUAAUUUCAUCCACAAGGGACUUUAUGAAUUCCCAUGAAUUAUGUUAAGCAUUUUUUAUAUUUUAAUAAAAGUUUAAUUGUAGCCACAGCAGUAUGUAAAAGUCUUAAAUCAGUGUUUUCAGAUGCUCCUUUAAGAGUUUUUAACACCUAAUGACUUACGAAAUCACUGGGCAAGUUUGGGUAUGUAGCCAUUUCUUCAGGUAAACCAAGUAUGGUAUAUAGCUUAGCCACCUCCCCAACAACUCUUCAAAAAUCUCAGAACCAUUCAUUAUUAGGGGGUUACAUUUAUGUGUGGUGCUUUUGAUCUUUCCCACUUCAAAGUGUAUUGUGUGUUGUUUGGAGGAAUGUCGAGAUAGUUAUUGCCUUCAUUACUUUGCUUUCUUCCACAGCCAUCUUGAUUCUCACACAUGCAGAAUAAUCACGUGUGUGGGUGGGUGUGAGUUGGACCUAAGUGACGUGUCUGACCUCACUAGGUCAGUGAGGUCAGACAGUCAGUGAGCUUAAGGUCACUAGGUCAGUGAGCUUAAGCCGAUAAGGGAAUUGGACCUGCCUCACAUAGGCCAGUAGGCCUGUUGCAGUGUAUCUUCUUUCUUAUGUGUUUUUUUUUUUUAACAAGUCGGCCGUCUCCCACCGAGGCAGGGUGACCCAAAAAGAAAGAAAAAAUCCCCAAAAAGAAAAUACUUUCAUCAUCAUUCAACACUUUCACCUCACUCACACAUAAUCACUGUUUUUGCAGAGGUGCUCAGAACACAACAGUUUAGAAGCAUAUACGUAUAAAGAUACACAACAUAUCCCUCCAAACUGCUAAUAUCCCGAACCCCUUCUUUAGAGUGCAUUCAUUGUACUUCCCAUUUCCAGAACUCAAGUCUGGCUAUAUAAAAAUAACUGGUUUCCCUGAAUCCCUUCACUAAAUAUUACCCUGCUCACACUCCAACAGAUCGUCAGGUCCCAAAUACCAUUCGUCUCCAUUCACUUCUAUCGAACAUGCUCAUGCACGCCUGCUGGAAGUCCAAGCCCCUCGCCCACAAAACCUCCCUUACCCGUUCCUUCCAACCUUUUCGAGGACGACCCCUACCCUGCCUUCCUUCCCCUACAGAUUUAUACGCUCUCCAUGUCAUUCUACUUUGAUCCAUUCUUUCUAAAUGGCCAAACCACCUCAACAACCCCUCUUCAGCCCUCUAAUACUUUUAUUAACUCCACACCUUCUCCUAAUUUCCACACUCCGAAUUUUCUGCAUAAUAUUUACACCACACAUUGCCCUUAGACAGGACAUCUCCACUGCCUCCAACCGCCUCCUCGCUGCUGCAUUCACAACCCAAGCUUCACACCCAUAUAAGAGUGUUGGUACUACUAUACUUUCAUACAUUCCCUUCUUUGCCUCCAUAGAUAACGUUUUUUGACUCCUCAUAUACCUCAACGCACCACUCGCCUUUUCCCCCUCAUCAAUUCUAUGAGUAACCUCAUCCUUCAUAAAUCCAUCCGCCGACACGUCGACUCCCAAGUAUCUGAAAACAUUUACUUCUUCCAUACUCCUCCUCCCCAAUUUGAUAUCCAAUUUUUCUUUAUCUAAAUCAUUUGAUACCCUCAUCACCUUACUCUUUUCUAUGUUCACUUUCAACUUUCUACCUUUACACACACUCCCAAACUCAUCCACUAACCUUUGCAAUUUUUCUUUAAAAUCUCCCAUAAGCACAGUAUCAUCAGCAAAAAGCAACUGUGUCAAUUCCCAUUUUGUAUUUAAUUCCCCAUAAUUUAAUCCCACCCCUCUCCUGAACACCCUAGCAUUUACUUCUUUUACAACCCCAUCUAUAAAUAUAUUAAACAACCAUGGUGACAUUACACAUCCCUGUCUGAGACCUACUUUUACUGGGAAGUAGUCUCCCUCUCUUCUACACACCCUAACCUGAGCCUCACUAUCCUCAUAAAAACUCUUUACAGCAUUUAGUAACUUGCCACCUAUUCCAUAUACUUGCAACAUCUGCCACAUUGCUCCCCUAUCCACUCUAUCAUAUGCCUUUUCUAAAUCCAUAAAUGCAAUAAAAACUUCCCUACCUUUAUCUAAAUACUGUUCACAUUAUAUACUUCAAUGUGAACACUUGAUCUACACAUCCCCUACCCACUCUGAAACCUCCUUGCUCAUCUGCAAUCCUACAUUCUGUCUUACCUCUAAUUCUUUCAAUUAUAACCCUACCGUACACUUUUCCUGGUAUACUCAGUAAACUUAUUCCACUAUAAUUUUUACAAUCUCUCUUGUCCCCCUUCCCUUUAUAUAAAGGGACUAUACAUGCUCUCUGCCAAUCCCUAGGUACCUUCCCCUCUUUCAUUCAUUUAUUAAACAAAAAUACCAACCACUCCAACACUAUAUCCCCCCCUGCUUUUAACAUUUCUGUCAUGAUCCCGUCAGUUCCAGCUGCUUUGCCCCCUUUCAUUCUACGUAAUGCCUCACGCACCUCCCCUACACUCGCAUCCUGCUCUUCUUCACUCCUAAAAGAUGGUAUACCUCCCUGUCCAGUGCAUGAAAUUACCGCUUCCCUUUCUUCGUCGACAUUUAAAAGUUCCUCAAAAUAUUCUCGCCAUCUACCCAAAACCUCCAUCUCCCCAUCUCUUAUGUUAGUAAAAUGUAUGUAAUUGUUGACCUCCAUUAGUUGCAGCUCUUUAGUCUUUGAGUUCGAACUCGGACAGUGUCUGAAUUUUCCCCCCUCCCAUGUAUAUCCAUAUUGUAUUUUUCACUUUCUCCUUGGAAAGUUCAGUGAUUCGUGUUUGCUCCCCUCUCUUUCUUUCGAAGGUGGAAGGCCAACAUAUUUGCUAUAAACUUAUUCUUGAACACUUUCACUUACAUUCUCAUACUAUGGCUGUGUACACCGACUGUUCCAUAUUCCCAUAUUUGAUGAGUUACACAGCUUUCUCUUCAGAUAGAGUAAUCCAAGGACAUUUACUAGUCUGCCAGCAUUUUCUUACCAGAGCUUACUCAUUGCUGUCAUAUACAUUACAAUUAUGUGCAUCUCAUUUGGAGUUUCAAACUCGGAAAUAUGACCCCCAACAUCAUGCUUCAUAUACAACAGUGGUUAUGUUGAAUUUCUAGCAAGUACAAAAAGGUAAUUUUUUGCAGGGUCCCUUGACACAUUGAUGUACAGGGUAAUAAACACACUCAUUUGCUUGCUUCACUGUUCAUGAUGUUCCAUCAAACUGCAGUUAAGCUUCUGGCUGUCUUCUCAUUACUGUUGGAUGUGGGAAACUGUGCUCACGUAUUUACAAAUCGGUCAUACAUGAUACUAUAUGGAAAGAAGCCUGGUACCUCACUUCUAGGAGCGCCCAAUGGCUUUAACAGUUAACCAUAUAUUAAUAAUCCAUUCUU